AUGAAAGAAGACUGGCUCCUUGUUGGAGACUUCAACGAAAUAGCUUGCCCGUCUGAAAAGAAAAGAGGAGGAAAGACGGACAAUCAAGCUUGUAGAAGGUUUGCUGAUUGGAUAAAUGCAUGUUCUCUCAUAGAUUUGGGUUUUGUUGGAUCUAAGUAUACUUGGAAGGGUCCCAAAUGGGAGGGGUUGGACAGAGUUUUCAAACGCCUUGAUCGUGCCCUUUCUAAUGCCGAAUGGAGGACCAGAUUCCCAGAUGCUAGAGUGGACAUCCUCACAAGAACACACUCAGAUCACCACCCAAUGAUGAUCUCCCUUGAACCGAGUAUUUUGAGAAAUGGUCGUAGACCGUUCAGGUAUGAGGCUAUGUGGAGUUUGCACCCGGAUUUUGAAGAAUUUAUCAACCAAAAUUGGAGGAGCAAAGAGCAACUUUCAGUAGCUCUUGACAGCCUCACAAAAGACUUGAGAGUGUGGAAUAGAGAAAUAUUUGGUCACAUUGGGCGUCAAAAGGAGCUCUAUAGUGAAGAAGAUCAGAACCCUCCCUUACUCAACACAGAGAUCUCAUAUCCACCUCUUAAAGAAGAGAUAAGCAGAAACAUGGACAGCAUCCCUACGGUGGCUGAAAUCCGAAAAGCCAUUUUUAGUAUAGGCUCUUUAAAAGCUCCCGGAAUAGAUGGCUUUCCAGCUCUUUUUUAUAAGGAAAAUUGGAAUGUGAUCCAGAAGAAUGUGGUAGAUCAUGUGUUGCACAUUUGGAACAACCCCUGCAAUAUUAAAGAAUGUAAUCAGACUCUUAUCUCUCUCAUACCUAAAGUUCAGGUACCUGAAUCUAUCACUCAAUUCAGACCAAUUGCUUUAUGUAAUGUGAGUUAUAAGUGUAUUACAAAAAUCUUGGUUGAACGUAUAAAGCCUGCGCUUGAUGGCAGAAUUUCUCCCUAUCAGUCUAGUUUUAUUCCUGGGAGAAAAAUCCAAGACAAUAUCAUUAUUGCAAAAGAAAUUCUGCAUUCGAUGAAAAAAAUUAAAGGGAAGAAGGGCUUCAUGGCUAUCAAAUAUGAUUUUGAGAAGGCGUAUGACCGCCUUAGGUGGAGUUUUUUACAACAAUGCCUCAUGGAAUUUGGAAUCCCAAAUCUCUUAGUUCAAAUUAUCAUGGAAUGUAUAUUAUCAGUAGCUUAUAAUGUGAUUUGGAAUGGUGAAAAAACAGAAGAGUUCAGACCAUCAAGAAAAAUUAGACAAGGGGAUCCAAUUUUACCCUAUUUAUUUGUUAUAGCAAUGGAUAAACUAUCCCAUCUUAUUGAAGAGAGCGCAGAAACUUUGACUUGGAAGGAGUUUAAAGUGGGAAAGGAAGGCUCUAUCAUUACCCAUUUGCUAUUUGCAGAUGACUUGCUAAUAUUUGCAGAGGCUAAUACUUCUCAGAUUGAUAAUGUGGGAAGAGUGAUGGAGAAGUUUUGUCAGGCUUCGGGACUCAAGGUGAACAGAGCCAAAACCUCAAUAGUAUUCUCAAACAAUAUUAAGGAGCAUCUCAGGAGAGCCAUCAAGGAUAAAUGCAACUAUCAGGAACAACCAAGUCUGGGUAAGUAUUUAGGGGCCAUGAUUACCAACAAGCGCUCAACCAAAGAAAAUUUUAAAAAUGUUAUCCAGAAGAUGCAGAGCAAACUUAAAAGGUGGAAGAUAAACUGUUUAUCAUUAGCUGGGAGGGUUACUUUGGCAAAAUCUGUGAUUACUCCCAUUGCCAAUUACGACAUGCAGCAUACUUUACUUCCAAAGGGGAUUUGUAAUGAAAUUGAAAAGCUGCAGCGUAGUUUUAUAUGGGGAGAAUUGCAGAAUAUGAAAAAGAUGCAUCAGAUGAGUUGGUCAACUCGUUGCCUUCCCAAAAAUCAGGAGGGCUUGGAUAUUUCAAAAAUUUGGAAGAAAAAUCGAAUGCACUUCUCAUGGUGGUUGAAUAAUGGUAAAUCAGUUAGUUUUUUCAAUGACAGAUGGCUAGAAGGAGAGGGGCCUUUAGUUUUGAAGGCUAAUAGAGAAAUAAAUGAUGAAGAAAAAAGAAUGACAAUAGCUCAUUUUGUUAAUGAAAAAGGAGAGUGGAAUAGAAUGCUAUUAAGCAAUUAUGUAGAAGGACAGACUUAUCAAAGCAUCCUCAAUACAACCCCUCCAAGAAAGAAAGGGGAAAAUGAUCAGAUUUAUUGGAGCCAUACAACAAAUGGUGAUUUCACCAUAGCCUCAGCAUAUCAGCUCCUAACAAAUUCAGGAGGAAUGAGAAGUUGCACUUGGAAGAUAAUUUGGAAGUGGCAAGGGCCAGAACGAAUCAAAACAUUUACAUGGUUAUUAGCUCAUGAAAGACUCCUCACUGCUGAAAGAAAAGCCAGAAUGUUUGGUUCCAACCCUUUCUGUCAUAGCUGCCAAAGUAAAGUUGAGACCCUAUCUCAUGUGAUGAGGGACUAUCCAAGGGCAGCGAAAAUUUGGGCAAAACUGCUACAACCAGGCAUUGCAGCUGUGUUCUUCAAUCUACCCUUCUCGAAUUGGAUAACAUUUAAUUUGGAGAAUGGGUUGGGCAAGUCGAGUCAAUAUGAAUGGCGGGAUCUUUUCCUUAUUACUUACUGGAUGCUGUGGAAGUGGAGAAACAUGGAGCUCUUCUCUCAGCCAUUCCAAACACCAAAGAAUGGGGCGAAAAUCGGAUGGGUAAAACUCAACACUGAUGGGGCAGUGGAGAAGAACCAAAAAAUUGCAGCUUGCGGGGGCUUGAUUAGAACUAAUGAAGGAAAAUGGGUAGCAGGAUUUAUUGCUAAUUUAGGUAAUUGCAAUGUUAUACAUGCAGAAUUAAAGGGGGUUUUUCACGGAUUGGAAAUGGCUUGGGAUCUGGGUAUGAGAAGGAUGAUAGUGGAGAUGGAUUUCAAAGAAGGAGUGGAGUUCAUCACAAGAAGAAAAGAGGAUGAGGAAAGAUGCUGUUACAAUCCGCUUAUUCAAGAGAUCCGAAGAAUUAAAAACAGACCUUGGGAGCUUCAGUUCAGACAUACUUGCAGAGAGGCAAAUAGAGUGGCUGAUUCACUUGCAAAAUUGGCUUUAAGCAAAGUUAAAGGGUUCCAGUUUUUUGAUAACCCUCCUGACAAUUUAGAGCAAAUUCUCGAUGAUGAUGUAAAAGGAAUAUAUACAUCCCAUAUAGUACCUUGUGGAUAG